AUGGCGCAUAACGAAGUGGACCUGCUGGCCCUCCUCGAUAACGACCUCGAUACGGCCGCAUUCGUUUCCGCCACGCAGACCCCCUCCCCGCUGUCCGAACUGUGCAGCCGCACCAUCUUCGACCAGGCCGCCGCCGUCUUUGUCUCCGUGGUGGCUGACGGCGACGACGAUGGCGCAGGCCUACUUCUCCCCGAGGAGCUGGCCGACGAGCUCCUCGCCUUCGCGCUCCGGCGGCUGUGCCGGGGCGUGGUCGAGCUGUCGGGCCAGCCCUACCGGCUGACGCGGCUCGGCGCCAUGCUCGGCUGGCCGCACGGGCCGACCAACCUGCGCCGCGUCAGCCUCCACCGCAUGAGCCUGGCCUUCCAGUUCGAGCUGCGCGGGCAGCCGCUACUCGAGGAGCUCGAGCUCGUGGACACGGCCGUCACCCGGCUCGUGCUGGCCGACUGCCCGCGCCUCCGCCGGCUCCAGGUCCAGUCGCGCGGCCUCGAGUCCCUCUGCAUCGACGACCGCUGUACGGCCAUCGAGGCCUUCGACGUGACCUCCCUACGACCCGUGGACGAAGCGGUGGCGCGGGUGGUGGCCGGCUGUCCCAACCUGCGCGUGCUCAGGAGCUACGUGCAGCGGCCCGACCACUUGCGACACUUGCGCGGGCAGGAGAGGCCGCUCGAGGUGGUGCGUGUGGAGCUGGAGGGCCGCGAGUCGCAGCUCGAGGAGCUGGCGCUGCACCGAAGCGAGAUCGGUGCCCUCCUCCUGACCGGCGGCUGCCCCCGCCUGACGCAGCUCGAACUGCGCGACUGCGGCCGACUGCGCGAUCCACACGACGUUGAAGGCGACGAAGACGAACAUGAUGACGGUCGCGAUGAUCAUCAACACCACCUCCAGCGCAAGCCGUCCGUGACCGUCGAGAACGCGUCAAAUCUGAUCGAACUCGAAGUGCGCGACGUCAACGCCCACUACGCCGAGUCGCGUUGGCGCACGAUCUGCAUGGUCCACCGCCGGCCCGGCGCCAUCGAGCCGCGGGCGAGCCGAAUCGCGCAGCUGCUCCAGCGCGCCGGGGCCGCCGAGCUCCGGUCGCUCACCGUCGAACUCACCGGCCCGGUCGACGGCUUCGUGCUGGACCAAUCGAGGGCGCUGCCAGCCCUCAAGCUUCUGUCGCUCGCCGGCCGGCCGCUGCGCAACGUGACGCUGGCCAACCUGUGGGGCCUGACCUGCGUGCGGCUGGUGGACCACGACCGCUGGUCGGCGACGGGUGACGUCAGCAGCGAUGACGUCAUCAGCGAUGGGCGAGUGUCGAUCGAGUCGGCGCACCUGUACGCCCUCAAGCUGGACUCCGUGCGAGUGCGCGAGCUGCGCCUGGCGUGCCCCCGGCUCCACUCGCUCGAGCUCUGGGGCACCCGCCUCCCUCCGCCGGCCGAGCUCGAGCGCUGGCGCGCGGACCUGCCGCGCCUGGCCGUGGUCCAGUUCGCGGGCAUGUCCGACGUCGACGCCAGCCAGGCCUUCCCGCAGGCCUCGUUCGUCCGGCGUGCCAACAGACCACCGCAGUGGGGCCGUACCGUUAGUGUCCUGCAGCACCUCGCUGGCGGAUUCGCCCAAGUGCAGCACUUCACCGGCUAA